AUGGAGGAGGCCUUACCACUCCUGCUAGAAAACAGCUCUAACUCUCAACGGGAGCGAAGAUGCUAUAUACCCGCUAGAUACGUUCUAGCAGCUUUGUCCUGUUCGGGUUUUUGUGUGGUGUAUCUUCUCCGAGUGAAUUUGAGCGUGGCUUUGGUGGCCAUGGUCAAUUCCACCUACGCGAACGAACAGGCGUCUGCAAAUAACCCGGAAUGUCAAAGAAAUUCUUCCACAGAUUCCGAGGAAAAGGUAAGAAGGAAAAGAGUCUAGUGUACUGUAUUUGCAACAUGGUGAUCAAUCGUUCGCAAGCUUGGCUGGGAAGAACAAUACAUCAAAGUACAGGUGUACAUGUAAAAAAUAUUCAUGUGGUAUGUCACACGUUUUAUUUUGCCGUUUCACGCCAACAACAUGCAUGAGUCAAUCACGAGCCACGAAUCAAGCACAAACCAACCUGGAGUCAGGCCCAAAUGAUGCAUUUUAAUUUCCAUUUUUGAAUUUCCUGGUCACAGAGAAUAGCAAUUUUUUGUACAAAGUUACAAUGGGUCCCAAUAAUUUGGCAUGAAAAUAGUCAAUAGCAAUUAUUGGAUGAGGCCGACUAUGAUGUGAAGAAUUAUGCAGACCUACAUAAUUUGCCAUAUUAUACAAAAACCGACUGAUAAUUGUUUUUUUUUCUUGGAUUAUACUGGCAAGCAAAGCCAACUGGAAAUUGGGGAAAUAUAUUGAACAAAUAUAAUAAUAUUGAGUUAUAAUGAUGAUUAUUUAUUGAAAUUUAGUUAUCAAUAUCAUCAUUAUUUGAUUAUUAUGUAGUUCAGAACUUUUGUUUAACAGCUCUUCCAGGGACAUUUUCACACUACCUAAUGGUACAUGUACAUCAAACAUGUUUAAUAACAUUCUAACUUUAAUUAGGAAGGUGUUUUUAAAAACAUUUCAGAUCAAAAGGGACUCUCAACCCUUCUCUUUGUGAAAAAUACUACAUGUAAUCAUUUUUCUUCUGUAGGAUGGAGAGUUUAACUGGGAUCAAAAAACACAAGGUAAUGUGCUCACCAAAUCUCUUUACAGGAAUUCAAUAAAUACCAAUUGCCUCCCUUUUCCAGCAACAGGAACUGCAAAACGAAAAAGAAGCUCAUAUAUUUUCUCUAAAAUUAAUCCGCUUAAUACAGACACCUGGUUAACACGGACACUGUGGCAUGUCCCAUUGGUGUCUGUAUUAACUGGGUUCCACUGUAGUGUUACCCACCAGAUAUAUUUACAGUAACUGUUACUAUCCAUUCAGACUCAAUAAACAAAUUUCAAUCUGUGUAAGUAAUGACGUUGCACAAUGUACUGACUCACAAGCGAUGUAGUCAUAGCAAAGUGGUUGUGGCAUUUUUAGUUCUUUGUUACCUUUCUGCAGCUUGUGGCGUAUGAAAAAAGUUUUUUUUUCCUAUCUUGUAAAAUUGAAGUGUUUUUUAUUAAUAAGUGAACUGAGUUAUUUUGACAUUUCAUACUAAAUGUAAAGAGAACCAUAACACUUUAAGAAUUUCCAAUGUGCAUAAAUAUGUUUUUGGAGUGCUGCGUUGAAAACAAACAAACAAAUAAAUAAAAUAAUAAGCAGGGCUGUACUUUAGCAGAUGUCAUUGGCUCCUGGCAACUGUGCAUUAAAUUUUUAUUCUGGGCAUCCUUUUUUCGUAGGUUUGCAGGGCAAUGAUUUUCAUGUAGUUUUUGCUGGAGGCAGGAGCCCUAUGUCAAAGUACAUUGCAUCGGAUGCAGUAUUGGACUAGAAUGUGGGCGGGUGUCAUUCUUUCCUCAGAGCCAUGUAUGGCAGGCAAAUACAGUGAAACCUCUAUUAGGUGGACCCCCAAAAUAUUAAGCGGACACCCUCUAUUAAGCGGACACUAAGCUGGGUCCCGAAAUGAACGUCUGAUAUUUCCCUUUGUAACGAACCCCUAUUCAGCGGACACCUCUAUUGUAUUUGGCUAUAUUUUCUAUUGUUAAAAACGUCUAUUAAGCAGACACCGGACUGAAUUAACAAUAGUAGAUUUGGAUAACGUCCUUGAAAUAUGUAUUGAAGUCAGUUAUUGUUUUUGCAUUUACAAACAAAUUAAAGGUGGUAAUGAAAGGUAAUGAACUUAAACUCUGGAUAGCUUCUUUAACAACAUGUGCAAUUUUUACAACCCUUAUUAAGCGGACACCCUCUAUUAAGCAGACACUUGGGAAGGUCCAGAAGGUGUCCUCUUAAUAGAGGUUUCACUGUAGUGAAAUUAUGCAAAUGAGGGUAAAAAGGAGGAGAAAUCGGGCUGGAGAGAGAAUCGAAAAAUGACAUUUUUACUUCGCUUGGGCUCCACUCUCAUUUUAUUUCCUUGCAGCUUUGCCACUCGAUCCUUCAUGUGCUCAUGAUCUACCAUUUACCAGUUGGUCCUUUCAUCUACCAAAAGAAAAAUUUAUUGGACAAACCUUAUAUGGUCCCUGCAUUAAGUAGACACCCAUUGCCAUUGAUCAGCUGUGAAAUGAGAACAAAGACAUUUAGAAAAUCACUGAAGAGAAAAAAAAUUACAACAAUAAUAAUAUAAUAAUCAGUGGCGGAUCCAACAUUUCAGAUAAGGGGGGAGCCCGGUCAUACACACCCUGAGAAAAGGGGUGGGGGGGAAGCUGGGUCUCAAAAAAAAAGUUUUUGGCCCUUCAGUUUUCAGUUUGGCCUCAAAAUAAGGAGGGGAACCACACCCCCCAGGCCCCUCCCCUGGAUCCACCACUGAUAAUAAUAAUAGCAAUACUACUACUACUACUACUACCACCACCACCACCACCACCACCACCACCACUACUACUACUAAUGAUGAUGAUGAUUUAAAGGAAGCACAAAUAUUUAUUUGAUUCUGGUGUUUACUUGUCAUUAGCGUAUCCACAUGGGGUGUGAUACUCUAGUCUAUGCCCAAUCUGAAUGGUUUAUCACAAUUGCCAUUUUCAGGUCUAGGAGAGUUUGAAUUUUAUCCAUGUUAUUUCAUUUUGCUGAAGAUUGCAGUCAGUUCCAUGGAGGGCAAAGAACCCCUUUGUGGAUGUGCUACAUCGCACUAUUAGUUGUUGUUAUUGUUGCCAACUGUACAUGCAGUUCCUUUUGUGCCAUAUUGUACCCCUAUCCCUCUUCUUUCCUGACAUGAGUUACACUUGGCUACCCAUUUAGGUUGUUUAGAUACUCUAGUCUACGCCCAAUCUGAAUGGUUUAGCACAAUUGCUAUUUUCAGAUCUAAGGGAGUUUGAAUUCUAUCAUUUUAUUUUAUUUUGUUCUUGCAAGGAAUCCCUUUGUGGAUGUGUUACAUUGUACUAUUAGAUUCUUAUUUAUUGAUCAGAAUACUUGGUUUUUGGCUCUUUAUAGGUCUAAUACUGGGUUCAUUUUUCUUUGGCUAUGUCAUCACUCAGUUACCAGGUGGCUGGCUAGGAACACGGUUUGGUGGGAAAUAUUUGUUAGGCCUGGGAGUGCUUUGCACUUCUGUGUUGACAAUUUUCACUCCUCUUGCUGCACGUCAUAGUGUUGGGAUGUUAAUUCUGGUGAGAAUACUGGAAGGAUUAGGAGAGGUAAACUAUUUAGUUGCAAACAUUUUGUAGUGGAUUGGUUUUAGUACUAAAAUUGAUGACUCCUUGCUUGUGUGGCAUUCAUAAAAAGAGGGGGAAGGGGAAGGGGGAAUUAGAGCACUAGCCAGAGCGCAAGGGGCACGCGAGAAGUUCCCCUUUUUCCCCACUUCUCAGAGUUCCCGGCGUUCUGGCGCAACCAAAUUCCUACUUCCCCUUUCCCCUUUAACGCCUGCCACACAGGCUCCAUAAAUCCUGUAAAACCUAACAAAGGCAAAGAAAAGGUCAAACGAAAAGUAAAACGUCAUUCUAACUGAAGGCAAUCCUAAAUAAGCCCUGUUAGUAUUUCAAAUAAAGCAGGUGCAUGUGUACAUGGGUUUAUGACACAAGUAUUUUUCUUACCUUAUAAAUUUAAACUAUAAAAGAGCUGCGCUGUUUUCAUGUUCAAUAUUUUCAACUGCCAGCACUUAAAAGUAGCCUUUUCCCGACGAUGAAGACCAUAUUAAGAGUGGGGAAUAGAUUUUCAUGAAAAGGUUCUAUGAAAAAGGCUUUUCGAUAACAAUCCGCCCAGCCAUUCACAAUCCCCUCUUGGGAAUUCUUAACGUAAAGUACGUAACCGAAUCUCAGAUUACAUUGCUGAUGAAGUUCAAGUGAUUCGAACGAAAUAUUCGUUUUGUUUUAUCAAUUAAUUCAUCAAUUACAUUUUUUUGUGCAGACUUUUGGAAUAGUUGUUGUUUUAGUAAGGAAAAGCCAUAAACAACACCCGGGAGAUUCCACAAGUCCAUGCGGACAGCUAACGGCAAACGUCAAAUUCAGGUUGGCAAUUCGAGUAUCAAAUUAGAAAUAUCAGCAAAGAAAAACUGUUCAAAAUUAGUCAUGUGGAUGAACCUAAAAUUAAACCUAUUGCUGUUGCUUAGAAGCGAGAAAAUUUGGUCACGUGGUGCAAAUUGAAGUUCGCCGUUUGCCGUAAACGUGAUUCUAAAUUUCUCUAACGUAUCGUUGUAAGCUAAUUUCCUCUUUAAUAGGGAUUUGCUUUCUUACAUGUACCUCUAACCCCUCCAGCCGUAUUUAUACUUUAAGCAGUAGUGUUAACAUCUGUACAAUUUGAACUAUACAAAUACACACUCAAACACUUAAAUAAAAUAUCGCGCAGAAUGGCUAUUGUUCUCGGGUCGUUGUACUUGUUGUUGAUUGUAGUUGUUGUUGUUCGUCCUUCGAAAGUCGAAGAUAAUCAUGACUUAAGACUUCAGACUAGCGGCAGUGGGUCUGGAGAUGACCAGUGAGUCCAAUCCGAGCCCAGAAGGCUACUGCAGUCUGUUGAGGUGGAGGUUGCUCUGGCUUUGCGCGCGGCCAUUUCCUCUGUGCUUUAGCGGUCCGUCGGUUUUCUGUUGCAGGGGCCACAGUGGUGACUUUGCUACGCCAAGUUAGACUAUCCGAGGCAAGCGACUCUCAAGUACUGGGGUUGAUGUUUACGUCUUUGUGGGACUCUUUGAGGUAGUCUUUGAAACGUUUCUUCUGCCAGGGCUGUCGUUAUGAACUUGCUGGGACAGCCAAACUUCCCCUUUAUCUUCCACAAACCGUCUGUGCUUACCGUAUCGAAGGCCUUGAUCAGGUCAACAAAGGUCACAAGGGGUCGCUAUUCUGCUCUCGGAAUUUUUCACUUACAGACGAGGUGGAAACAUAGGUCUGUAAUAUUAUAGGUGAAACGUGAACUGAAUCACUUUCAUUGGUCGAAGUCUGUGCGUUAUUUCCUUUGUAGAUAAUACCACCUUAUUUAUCAAAUUGUUAGGGCAGAGCAAAGAAACAAAGGCCAUGCGAGCUAUUGUUUAUUCUUUUGUUCGCGAAUAUGUCACUUUAAAUGGCUUAUGAAGCGCAUGCUUACAAGCGGCCAUGAAUAACUAAUGAUGUCAACUCAAUCUGCGCGAUGAUGUCUCGAAAGGCCAAUUGUAAAAAAUUCGUGUAAUGUCAUGUCCCCUGCAGGGUGUAACGUUCCCAGCUAUGCAUGCCAUGUGGAGCUUUUGGGCCCCUCCCUUGGAAAGGAGCAAACUUGUCACUUUUUCUUAUGCAGGUAAGUACAUUUUAAUUCAGUUGUUAACCACCACCCGUUCAACUCGGUUGGAAAAAUGCCGGUUCCAUGUGGUGAGCUGGAGUUUGUGAGUUCGUGAAUUCAAAUCCGAGAAUCAGAGCUCUCAUAAUAAUACAGUCGCCCAUUCAGCAUUUAUUUGGAUUUGCACACAAUCCUCCUUAUUCACUGCGGUCAAACCAGUAAAAUCUCCCAAGCAACGUUCGCCAGAAAUUAGGGGUUGCUCAUACGUUUUACGGUCAAAAUUAGUAAGGUUAAGCAAAGACGUUUUUAAGCGACGCACACGUCAACCAGAAGUGGAUCCAUUCUUAGGAAGUUUUUUGCCCAAAUUUUCGGUCGAAUCACCUUGAGACUAUAGACCCUUAGCAAUACAAAUUUGGAAGCGUUAUGGCUAAUUAAAAUAGAAAGGGGCUUACCUUGAGUCCCGGUACUGCCAUAUAUGGGCUAAAUAGGUAUGUGCCGCUGUGAAGGGUAUGGUUUUCAGGCAGUUUACUCUAGGAUAGGGUAUAUGAUCAGAGCGUUUGGGUCUAGAAUAGGGUAUCAUUUUUCAGGAAACUGAUCAGUUGGUUGAAGAUUUUAUCUAGACAAGGGAAACAGCUACUCUAGGAUAGGGGGAUUUGGGGAGUUUACUCUAGUAUAGGGUAGCAAAAUUCAGCUGAACUAGCUCUGGUAUAGGUUAAGGGUUCCAGGGUCCCAGCGGCACAUCCCCACCCAGAAAUUCCUAAAGUACCCCCGGGCUUUGAGUUGACGUUCGUCGCUCAAAACGCCUUGACUUAAGUUCCCUAAUAAAAGAUAGAUGCACCUCCAGGUUAGAUGUGCACAAGUUCAGUGCAAGAAUAGCUGUUUAUGUUACUGCCUUUCGUAUCACAAAGGGAAAGAUCUUGGCACUAUUCUUGGCAUGCCGUUGGCAGGAGUUCUCUGUGCAUCUGACAUCUGGGGAGGAUGGCCAUCUGUAUUUUAUGCCUUUGGUAAGUAUUUCCCCUGCAAUACAGUGAAUAAGAAGCCCUCCCUUCUGGGUAUACCUAUUUUCAAUGAUGAUAUUUCUAUUAUUAUAGACACCUUUAGUGGAGACUUGGACAUAACUGAUAUAUAGUUAGUACCUCGCGGUUGAACCGAAUUCCGCUACAAUGAGCUGAGAAGGGCAACCAAAUAGAAUGUAAUAUAAAAACAACUCCUGGACGUUACCAAAUUGUUUGAAAUUGGCAAUUUUCCAUAUAAAAUUGUAGAAUUUACCAAACUCAGCAUGAGGCAGGUUUGUAACCGAAAAAAAAAACAAUUCUCAUGUUGACGUUAAGUAAAACAGUAAAGGGACAUUCAAAUGUCAAACAUGUAGCAAAUAAACUAUGGAAAUCAAGGCAUGAAUGGUCAAAACUGAAGAAGAUGAAACUGAUUGCAGUGAGUGGGGCUUUUGAAACCACCGUUUAAUCUGACCGCCAAAGUCAAAGUUUAUAUCUGUUAUCUGUAACAGGGUUCGCAAGUACGCCAAAUUUGGCGUAUUUUACGCAAAAAUUGUUCAGAUGACUCCACGGAGGUUAUGGAGGGAGUCACUUCGACUCCAGAAAUUUUCGGUAACAAACAGGGAGCCACUUCGACCCCAGAAAUUUGCGGUAACAAGCACAGUUUUGUCCUUACCUUUUUCACAACAAAUACAAUUCACGUUAAUUGUAAACGUUGUAAACCUUAAUUAAAUCAUCGAAAUUAAAGAAUUAUACUGCACGACAAAACAGGAAGAGGGUAAAUUACAAUCAACGUUUACUCGAUGACCGCCAUCAUGGAUUUGAGCUUUCCAGGUCAGCGGACCGCCACAGCUAAUUCGUGUAUCCCGCACGAUAGUGUAUACAUGCCAGGACCACGUGCUGGAAAGUCUGAAAAUGGCUUUUUUCGUUGUGAUACUUGACUCCAAAUAUUCCAAAAUAACUCCAAAAUUUGUGAAGCAGAAGUCACACUGACUCCACUCAUCAAUAAAAUUUGCAAACCCUGCUGUAACCUUAAAUAAUCAAUUGUAACCUCAGGAAGACAUAUAUCUGUUUGUUUUGGAGCUGUGAGUUUGUCAUUUACAAGAAAUUUCGAGGCAACGUGAAAGUUUUAUAACGAGUAAAUGCCAUCUACGCCCUGACACCACCCUCAGCUUUUUGUAAGAUACUUUUGACGAAAGCGUACAUUCAGUAUGGGGACUCCCUCCAUUAUGACGAUACUUUUAAAGGAUACCUCAAAAGUAAUGUUAAAGUACUAUGAAACUCCCUUGUAGACCAUAUAUUUAUAGGUAAAUGAAUUUCUUCAUGACCAUGUGCUUUAUAUCCUUUUACUCCUAAUGGUGAUAAAAACUUCACAACAAAAAUUCCAGUAUCCUUUUGUAGACCACUGGAAAAUAAGUAGUUCUUCACAACGGUUCUGUCAAAGGGGUUUCAUUUGAAUAGUAACGCCAUAGCAUUUCGAAAUGAAGAGGUCUUCGCGGUAUUUGUGAUGGGCUCGUUUAUCGUUUGUCCCCCGAUAUAUGGUACUUUGCUAUGAAUCGCGUCGUCUUGCGCGUAGCCUGGGACCAGGCUCCUCAGUGGGGAAAAAGGGUGAAAUAGGAAAAAUGUUGGCGAGCGGAAAAAAAAAUUUCGCUCGCCGAUUUUUUUCUUUUUCCCGCACGCCAAUUUUUUUCUCCUUUUUCCCCCAAUGCGGAGCCUGGUCCGAGGCCAUCUUGCGCGUAGCCGUGAAUAAGUACGUUUGUGUUUCUUUACAUACUGACAGAUUGGUGUUGAAAUAGUACUAUAAAUUAAAUGUUUGAUUUAGGUGGUGUUGGCAUUUUAUGGUUUUUCAUCUGGAUGAUGUUUACGUACAACAGACCAGCUAAUCAUCCAAGAAUAUCCAUCAAAGAAAGAGAAUUUAUUCAUGCUACUAUAGGAGCAGGUAUGGCAAGCCAAAUGUAGCAAUAUUCAAUUCGUUUAAUUUUAUAUGUAGUUUUGUAUUAUGUGUUCAACUAUGCGUUUAAUAUUCAACUUAUAUUCAACAUUCAACGCGUUAUUCAAUAUUCAACUUCGCAUUCAACAUUCAACUAUUCAUUUUAUAUUCAAUUCCUUAUUUACCCAUUCAAUUAUCUAUUCAACAAUUUCAACCAUUUAUUCAACAUUCAACUUUAAUUUUUAAAACAUUCAACUAUUCAUUCAACAUUCAACUUUAAUUCAACAUUCAACUAUUCAUUCAACAUUCAACUAUUCAUUCAACAUUCAACUAUUCAUUCAACAUUCAACUAUUCAUUCAACUCUUUUGAGCCCUCACUACUUCUGGUCAGUGACACGGAUCAUUGGUCGUUAAAAACAUGGCGGUGGUGGCGGCUAGAAUGCCAGCUACGGAGAUAGAAGCUUAUGAAGAUGACACAAGGCUCCACUUCGAUGUGGAGUCUGACUUUCCAAGGUUUCUUGACCCGGUUUUACGAAGAACUGACCAGAUUUCCCAGACGAAAGUGGAUGACGAAAUUGUGGAGCAGCAUAUUGUCGUUGUCGAUCAAACGGUGCGUUUGCUUUGUAUACCCAGGUAUACCCCGAGACAGCAGUUCGAAUAUUAACGCCUAUGACAAAGAAACCUCAGAUAAUCUCUCAUCAGCAUUCAGUGAUGUCGAUCAGCCCUGCAGCAAUGUUUAGCCAGAGCAGCCGUGUCUCCCACCACAAUUGUAUGGGUAUGACCCAGAGGGCCCCUCUCCUUCGGAAGAAGAUAACAACGUUGUUGUCGAAUCAAUUUCUUUAGAUAAAAGGCAUUCAAUAGAGUGCUAUGUGUUGGAUGCUGUUGACCCUCCAACCCAGUCCACUCAACUGGGUAUCGAUCUUUGUAUGAGGGUCGUGAAGGGGGGUACCAAAUCCCAGUUCCCAGCCUAAAUUUGGCCCAAAUCCCAGUUCCCAGGCUAAUUUUUGCCAAAAUCCCAGUUACCAAAUCUAAAAUCCCAUUACUAAUGAUUAUUUGCAAAAUCAUGCACAUAAUAAAUUAAAAGCACUGAUUGACGCUAUUUGGAUACACGUAUCUUCACCUGGACUGAAGAAAAUCUCUCAUUCUGCUGGUGAACACUCUUUCUCUUCCAGCCCUUGUUGACAUAACCAUAUGAAAACCAAUUCUAUCAUCUGCACAAUCCUCGUCUGACUCACUGUCUCCGCUUUCACUGCUAGCUAGUAGCUAGACCGCUGGCGCGAAGGCGAAAAAUACUGAUUUCACAGUCUCUACUGAGGAGUGCAAGGUCUAUUGCUACAAAAUUUUAUUUUUCUAUUUCAAAAUAUUGGAGCAAAGACCGCUGAAGAAAAGAAAUCCCAUUCCCAUUUUAUAAUUGUUCAUCCCAUUCCCAGUGGCUAAAUCCCAGUCCCAGUGAGUAAACCCCAUUUUCCCAGUCCACAAUAAGGCUAAUCCCAGUUCCCAUUUUACCCCUUCACGACCCUCUUGUAUUCAAGCCCUAGACCUGGUCAGGGAUAGAAUGGAAUGAUAGUUAGAUCUCCCUUGAACAGAAAAUUACUACCCAGACGUGAGGAGGACAGGCUCCUAUGUAAAAGUGAUCAGGAUGCUUGUGGGGGAAAUUACAACUACACCCCUAAAAAAAAACAAUGUGGGUAGGGCUCGGGCUUUAUUUGACCCCUAGGAAGAUGCUCAUUUUUUGACAAGUCUGAAAAAAGGCAGGUGCAUGUUCAAUUGUUUAAAUUACUACUAAUAAUAUAAUACGACUUAAAGAUAAUGCUUGUUUAGAGUAUCUGGGGUUUCCACUUUCACCAGCGAGCCCACCAAAGAACAUUUCUCAUGGGAGUCUGAGAAAAUGAAUGUCAAAUUUCACAAAAUUACAUCUUACACUUGAAAUUUUCAGAAUUUUACCCAUGUUUUCACAAUUCUUGUGAAUUCUUAGUAGUAAUUUUCUGUUCCAGGGAGAUCUAACUAUCAUUCCAUUCUAUCCCUGACCAGGUUUAGGGCAUGAAUAUAAAGAUCAAUACCCAGAUGAGUGGACUGUGUUAGAGGGUCCACAAUAUCUAACACAUAGCACUCUACUGAAUGCCUUUUAUCUAAAGAAAUUGAUUCGACAACAACGUUGUUAUCUUCUUCUGAAGGAAAGGGGCCCUCUGGGUCAUACCCAUACAAUAAUAUUGUGGUGGGAGACGGCUGCUCUGGCUAAACAUUGCUGCAGGGCUGAUCGACAUCACUGAACGCUGGUGAGAGAUUAUCUAAGGUUUCUUUGUCAUAGGCGUUAAUAUUCGAACUGCUGUCUCGGGGUAUACCUGGGUAUACGAAGCAAACGCUCCGUAUAAUAAUAAUAUGCUGCUCCACAAUUUCGUCAUCCACUUUCGUCUGGGAAAUCUGGUCAGUUCUUCGUAAAACCGAGUCAAGAAACCUUGGAAAGUCAGACUCCACAUCGAAGUGGAGCCUUGUGUCAUCUUCAUAAGCUUCUAUUUCCGUAGCUGGCAUUCUAGCCGCCACCGCCGCCAUGUUUUUAACAAGCAAUGAUCUGUGUCACUGACCAGAAGUAGUGAGGGCUCAAAAGAGUUGAAUGAAUAGUUGAAUGUUGAAUUAAAGUUGAAUGUUGAAUGAAUAGUUGAAUGUUUUAAAAAUUAAAGUUGAAUGUUGAAUAAAUGGUUGAAAUUGUUAAAUAGAUAAUUGAAUGGGUAAAUAAGGAAUUGAAUAUAAAAUGAAUAGUUGAAUGUUGAAUGCGAAGUUGAAUAUUGAAUAAUGCGUUGAAUGUUGAAUAUAAGUUGAAUAUUAAACGCAUAGUUGAACACAUAAUACAAAACUACAUAUAAAAUUAAACGAAUUGAAUAUUGCUACAUUUGGCUUGCCAUAAGCAGGACAGGACAAAGGAAGAAGAGUACGGGAAUUAUGCUAUGUUUAUUUGAGUAGCCCCUUUUUGUCGCUAAACAUAACUAUGACAGAAUUCAGCACUAAUAGAACAGUGUAAUAGGACAGUGCUCGCCAUUGGGUGUGCGCACUUGAAUGGCUUUUUGACUACGCACGUAAGUCAUGCACAGAAGAGCUAUGGGCUCGAGAUUGACUGCCAGCAAAAAAGCUGUCAGAAAUUCUUGUGUUUUGAUUUUAAAAAAAGCCUAAAAUAUCGCAAAUUUUACACAGUUAUGAUUAAUUCAUUUCGUAAAACAGAACGUUGUGUCGUCCAAUUCGGUCUGUUAUUAUACAUUGCACUCAUUAGCUGGCUAGAAGCCAACAACUAAUUUUACAAAUCAGCGCAGCCUACAAAUAAGUUAGUUAUCUGCUAGCAGAUAACUGACUAAUCUGUAGGGUAUUUAAGUGAUAGACAACAAUUUCUACGGGUUUACCGGCGUGAUAACGCGCGCGGGAUGUUGGGAGAACACGAGAAAAACUUCCGGGAAGAAUCUUUUGAAAAGCCGGGUACACCUCGCGUGGUUGUCCUCUUCUUUCCAAAAUUUGUGGGAAUUGCUGGUCUGUUUGAUACUGGAAGUUGCCGGAAUUUAAACAGGAGAUUUUGGUUGAAUGGAAUUUGCGAGGUGGGGGGUAGGGAGGAGGAGUGGCAGGGGUUUUUCCAGGUUUUGAAAUAUGUGACCCCUCUAACUACAUUGUUAAUUUUUUUCAGAAAUAUGACACCCCAUGGUUUGAAAUCUUCACUUCGCCAGCCGUGUGGGGGAUAAUUGUCGCACAUUUCUGCGACAACUGGGGUUUUUACACCUUUCUUACUUGUUUGCCGUCUUAUUUCAAAGAAGUCCUCAACUUUUCAAUUUCUCAGGUGAGAAAGACGCAUUGUUAUAGAUCGCUUGUGGAAUAGGUACAAAGACGGGCGAUCCCGCUCCUAUUUAAAAGAUUGUUUUUGAUUAGCUGGGAAAACAAUAGGGAUUGUCACAUAACAAUGCCCCUAUCCCUGAAAACAAUGGAAGUGCAGAUUAAAGGGGACCAGUGAAAUAAAAAGUUUAGAACGGUGCAGGUCUGCUGACAAAGACUGGCGCCGAACCUAUCCGAUAUUAAGUGACGUUCCACUUUCGAGAUGGGUGCGACUUGGAGCCUGUUUACAUGGAGGUGGGGGAUCCCAGGUAGGUGAGGUAACGCGCUUGUGUGGGGAAACCCGCCCGUCUAUAUAAUUUUUUAUUUUAAUUUGAUCACGUUUAAAUGAUAGGUGAGGUGACCAUAUGAGAGAUUGUAUGGAGAGGAGGGUACGUUACCCCACCUAAGCGGGUUACCUCACCUACCUUGGGUCCCCCACCUCCAUGUAAACAGGCCCUUGAUCAAACGGUUUCUUAAAAAUAUGUUGAUCAUUUAAAACUCGUAUUAUUUCAGAAUGGUCUUUUGUCUGCUGUUCCGUUUGUUUGUAUGUGCGUAACUGGUAUCGGUUCUGGUCAGCUUGCGGACUGGAUGCGUGAAAACAAUGUAUUAUCUACUGGGGAGGUCAGAAAAGUCCUUGCUACAGGAGGUGAGUGCCUUCAAGAUCCACAUACAAAUUCUCCAGACUGAUCUCCAUACAUUUCUUUUAAGAAUAGUUGAGAGAAUUUGGUUUAAGAUCCCAGUGCCUUUGAUAAUGAAUUUAGUAAUUCUCGUAACCCUUACUCUUGAUGAUCUGCUGAUGUUGUUAGGAGGAAAUAGAUGUUGGUCACUCUUCGGACCAAAAGGAUUAAAAUGAGAGCAAUAAUACAAAGGUUCGUGAAGGAACAAUUGACAAGUCUCUUUAAAGUCGCCAGGUUAUAUCAUUUUAAGUGGAUAAACAAACAAUGGUUAUUCCAAAUUAGCGAACUUGUCAGCCAUUCACACUUUUCACAUUGCCCAUAAUACAUCUUGCUUCAGUUUACGUCUGACCUACUUCCACAUAAGAAUAGUUUUCAAUUAUCCCUGAGUAUUGCAGUCGCCCCAGGAGAAAUGGAAGACAAUGUUUCAAAAUUGUGGGGUUAAACAUAGUUUAGUAAGAUUAGUAUAAAAAUGGGGCAAUUGCAUGUAGUCUCCUUUCUUGCUGUUUUAUGGUCAUUACACCACGUUCCUGUCCACAAGCAAUAGUCAGUCAAAGGACUGACGACAGAUUGGGUUUCGUUUGUUGGUAAGUAGGUAAAUUUUUGGAUGGUUUGCUAACGGCCACCUCUCUACAGCGGCCACUUUUUUGGCGGACAGUCCAUACCUUGACUCUUGUUUAAACCCCUCUAGAACGGCCACCUUUCUACAUCGGCCACUUUCUUCUGUUCUCAAGGUGGCCGUUGUCGAGAUCUUCAACUGUAUUUGCAUGUAGACGUUCUGAGUAUUCUUUCCAGUUUCACUUACUGAUCUGUUUCUGUAUCUCAGGUUACCUUAUACCUGCCUGCCUGAUGGUAGCUACAAGUUAUGUUGGCUGCAACUCCACCAGCCUGGCUGUUGUUUUAUUUUCACUGGCCCUAGGGGCCUCUAAUCUUAAUGCGGCUACCUACCGUGUCAAUCAUUUGGACAUCGCUCCUAGAUUCUCGGGAGUUCUGAUGGGAAUCACAAACUCAGCGGGAACAAUUCCAGGGAUCAUUGGACCUUUUGUAGUAGGACUGUUAACAGACAAUCAGGUAUGUUUUUGGAGAAAUGAUUACAUUUUGUUCAGACGGGGCUGGUUCCAAGUAAUGGAUCUAAUCUGAUAUUGGAUUGCGCAAUUUCUGUUCACACGGGACCGAUCUUGUGACGAAAACCGGCCUGUUGCUGUCCCCUUUUUUGACAACAGUGAGUGAUUAGAGCAGUUUUCUAAUAAGUGGGGUCUUAACUGGUAAAAGCGGGCGACGAUUGAACGUUCGGGCUUUCAAUACGGCACAACUAACUCAGUGUACGGGUGAUGCAGUCUCUAUAUUUGAUGAGGUUCGCAAACACAAUCGUCAUUGUAGCGUUUGAAAGGCUCGGGGUUUUGUCCGUUGUAUUUAGAGAAAAUACUUCAAUCUCAUUGAGUAAAGAAUUAAGAACUCAACCAGUUUGUCAACUCGGUCUAUCAACCCCCUCCCCCUCUAGGGUGAUAAAUAUAUAGCGUGGGAAAUUCCUGAAAUUUCCUUCGCUUUUUCUUGACAUCAAAUCUUCAAUACCAGUAACGGCCUUUAUAGAAGUGUGCACUACAGUCCUAUUAAUUUUCACGGUUGCCUCUUCCAUUCAUCCGUCAGACAUCAAAAACGCCAUCCUACGGCAUUGUUUAGACUUCGACAACUAUGUAGUUAGUUUGUAGUGACGACUCCAUUUUGCCCCGACAUAUCAGAAGAGAAAAAAGACCCACUUUAUUUCAGUUUCAAUGUGUUUAGCCCGAAAGUAAUAAUUGGGGACAGUAUUUUUAAGCCUCCUACUGGAGACGGGGCCGCCAUUUUGCGUGGUCAUCCGAGCCACUCAAAAGUCAGUCUGAGCGUUUGGAGCGCAAAGGCAAUACCUUCAUUUCUCAGUUAUUUUUUUAAGACCUUGAGUUUUUCUCGAGCCCCGAGAAUCGAACCUGCGACAUUCCGCUCUGUAGUCAAGGGCUCUACUACCUGAGCUAAGCCUUCCUUUUUUUUGUUUGUCUGUGUCUCAUGUCUGUCUUUCAGUUGGCCGUGUUGCCUGAAGGGAAUAUAACGCGAAGACGGUUUGUCCGUUCGAUGUCAAAACGCGAUCGCUUCAGGCGCGUUAGAAGCUUGCAUCGACAUUAGCCUCUUGAGUUAUAUAUAAAAAAAAUUGUCAGUAACCCGAAAAUUACCCGCGUGAUGGUUAAUAUAGUGAAUGCUUAAAACACAAGAGUCAACCAAGUCUAUCGCUGAAAUCGAUCCUAUAGUGAGUAGUACGAACUGAAUAAAACCUCUUACUAGUAAGCAGUACUUUAAAUUUAGCAUGGUACAAUCUAUUCACUGUCACGCCCUCAACAAUAAAAAUGCAAACCAUUCAAUAAAGAAAGUCCAGAAUCUGGGAAAUGAAAGAAGACAAAUGUACAAAAAGCCUCGCCAACAAUCAAGUCUGUGCGAUAUUUCAUAUGCGAGAUAUUCGGAAAAACGUUUUAUCCAAAUUUUGAGGCUUUGUAUGGAGACGCCAUGUUAGUGUCUCAUUGAGGGGCACAAUUUUAACCCACAUAAGAGCCAGCUGAUGCCGCGUGACGCAAAAGCCUGGAAAUUUAAGCGUCUUUUAUUGUAAAACGAAAGCGAAGAACCCUUUUGAACCAAGAAUUUGUGUAAAUAGAGGUUUUUAAGUGCUGUAAUACCUCAUACCUCGAUAGUUUCUUAGUUUGAAUUUUGGUGACGUCACUGGUCACGUGUUAGUAUUGAAAAGGUAAACUUAAAUGCAGACGUUGAGACCCAUAAGCGAAAACUUGCCGCGCCUUGUCCAUUGAAGAGAGCGGCUUACGCAACGAGAUAAUGAUUCAACUACCAGUUGACCUACAGCCCGUACAUAAUCAAACACGGCUUGGUUUCAUUAAUUGUAGUCGAUAGCUAACUGUCUCCUUUCCACAGCCGACAAGACUUCAGUGGCAGAAAGUGUUUUACAUAUCUGCUGGGAUGUACGUAAUCGGCUGGGUAACGUUUGUGCUUUUUGCGAGUGGUGAAGUCCAAGAGUGGAAUUCACCUUUUGAAGACAAGUUGGUGCCAAUUGAUAUUCCCCAAGCGCCAAGGAUACCUGUUGUGGCGGACAUUGUGGCAAUAAAAAACUUGAACGAUCCGGUUACAGAAACUUCACAAUCUGCCGCCGAAUGCUAG